AUGGCACCACGAAGGACCGGUGAAGAAACGAAUGCUGAGGCUAGGCGCCAGGAGGAAGAGGCCCGAAGGAGGACCGAGCUAGCCGACCUCAUUUCUCAACAAAUCAACUCCGUUAUGCCAGCCAUUGUUACUCGAAUUGCGGAGAGUGUGACCGCCACACUUAACACUGCCCGAAGACAAGAUGGAGGAGGUAAUGUGAAUGAUCUAAAUGCUUACAAGACUUUCACUUCGUGUAACCCCAAGGAAUUCUAUGGGACGGAAGGUCCAGUUGGUUUGCUCACAUGGUUCCAAAGCAUGGAGGCCAUCUUGAACAUCAUUGAUUGUGCACCGGCCGACCGUGUCAAGUUUGCUGCUAGCAAGCUCCAAGGAAGGGCACUCGCUUGGUGGAACCUCCAAGUCACUACGAGGGGUCAAGCCGUGAUGAAUGCCUUGACUUGGGAGCAGCUCAAGGAAGAGAUGAAGCGGGAGUAUUGUCCUAGGCCAGCCGUGCAAAAGUUGGAGAUAGAAUUCUUGAAUCAUGCUAUGAAAGGAAUGGAGUUGGAGACAUAUGCAAUUCCUUUCCAGGAGUUGUGUGUGCUAGUGCCUGACAUGGUGAAUACUGAGGCCAAGAAGGUUGAGAGGUUUAUUUAUGGAUUGGUACCGGAAGUAAGAUUGAUGGUCACGGUAGCAAACCCCACUACACUAGAAGAAGCGAUAAGUUUGUCAACAAGAUUGGUUAAUGACUUGGUUAGGACAGGGAAAUACUCGCGAGGCGAGUCAAGUUCAAGGCAAGGAGGAGGAAGCCGAUUUGGUGAUCGUAAGGGGAAUGGGCCGGAUAAGAGGCAAAAGAUUGUAAGGAACUAUGGUGUUGCCGAAGUUAACCCCAACCCGAACCGUGGGCAGCCUACAAAGUGCAAUCGUUGUGGAUACAACCACCUUGGUGAGUGUAGGCGUUGCACGAUUUGUAACCGAUUGGGACACCUUACUGCCACUUGCCGCAAUGGAGCAAGAGUUGGAGGAAACCCAGGAGUAUGUCAUGAAUGUGGAGGUACCGAUCAUUGGAGGAAAGCUUGCCCUAGGUUGGGACGAGCUCAAGGAGGGCGUGGAAACAUGAACAAUAACCGUGGGAAUUUUCGAAAUGUUGGCAAUCGUGGGAACCUGGAGCAAACCGAGGCAACAAUGGGAAUAAAGUGA